AUGAAUGUAAUUCAGCGCAUGGUCCAAGAGACCCAGGAUUCUCUUUCAGAUGAUGCCCUUCUCCCCCUGAAGUCCUAUAAAUACUCCGCUGUCGACAAGUCUCCUAUUUCAAACUACAUUUUGCGGCACUACUGGACUGCCUUCGUUGAACUGUUGCCAAUGUGGAUCGCACCGAACAUGGUGACUUUACUUGGUUUCAUGUGGAUUGUCGCAAACGUCUUUCUGAUCGUCCUUUUUGUUCCAGAUCUCACAGGCCCGGCACCAGGGUGGUUAUAUUUCAGCUUCGCCUUGGGCAUGUGGAUGUACUCGACUUUGGACAACGUAGACGGCAAGCAGGCCCGCCGAACGGGAACCUCUAGCGGUCUUGGAGAGCUUUUCGAUCACGGAAUCGACUCGCUCAACUGCACCAUGGCCAGUCUGCUCGAAACUGCCGCAAUGGGCUGGGGUUCGUCCACUCUUGGUGCUUGGACGGCCAUUGUGCCUUGCCUCGCCAUGUACUUCUCGACAUGGGAAACCUUCCAUACCCAUACCCUGUACCUGGGCUACAUUAACGGCCCUACCGAAGGAUUGCUCAUCGCUAUUGGAUUCAUGAUCGCGUCUGGCAUCUGGGGCCCAGGUAUUUGGAGCCAACCCAUUGUGAACUUGAUUAACAUCCCUCAAAUCUUUGGUGAGAACUCCGUCAAGGAUCUCUGGGUGCCAUUUCUCCUCGCCGGGUUCUUCUUGGGUCACCUUCCGGGGUGUGUUCUCAACGUGGCGGCCGCUCGCAAGAGACAAGGCUUGCCGUUCACUCCUUUGCUUAAGGAGUGGAUGCCCAUGAUCGUGUUCACCGUGUCCAACAUCGCCUGGCUCUUCUCUUCCUACUCGAGCAUCCUAAAGGACAACCAUCUGGUUCUUUACUGCUGGGUAAUCUCAUUUGUCUUCGGGCGAAUGACCACCAUGAUCAUCCUGGCCCACUUACUGCGGCAGCCUUUCCCCUUCUGGACCGUUCUGCAAGUCCCACUUGUUGGAGGAGCUAUUCUGGUGAACCUUCCUCGCAUUGGCAUUCCGGUGAGCGCGGGGUUUGAGCUAUGGUACCUCCGCCUGUUCUUCCUCUUUGCCUUGGUGGUAUACAUGCACUGGGCAGUCUUGGUUAUUAACCGAAUCACUACCUUCCUCGGUAUCAACUGCUUGACCAUCCGCAAAGACCGGUCUGCUGCUCGGGACCGCGUCUACGAGACUUUGGCGAGGUAG